AUGCUUUGGGAGAUAUUUAGUGUGUUCUUUAUACUUGUGAUAUAUACAGAUAAUUAUUUCUCUUUUAAAGCAGGACAAAAGGAGCAAGCUGUGGAAUGGUAUAAGAAAGGUAUUGAAGAACUAGAAAAAGGAAUAGCUGUCAUAGUUACAGGACAAGGUGAACAAUGUGAAAGAGCUAGACGCCUUCAAGCUAAAAUGAUGACUAAUUUGGUUAUGGCCAAGGACCGUUUACAACUUCUAGAGAAGCUGCAACCAGUUUUGCAAUUUUCCAAAUCACAAACUGACGUCUAUAAUGACAGUACUAACUUGACAUGCCGUAAUGGACAGCUCCAGUCAGAAAGUGGAGCAGUUCCAAAAAGAAAAGAUCCCUUAACACACCCUAGUAAUUCGCUGCCUCGUUCAAAGACAGUUAUGAAAGCUGGAUCCACAGGUCUUUCAGGCCACCACAGAGCACCCAGUUGCAGUGGCUUAUCCAUGGUUUCUGGAGUGAGACAGGGUCCUGGUCCUGCAACUGCCACUCAUAAGAGUACACCAAAAACAAAUCGAACAAAUAAACCUUCAACCCCUACAACUGCUGCUCGUAAAAAGAAAGACUUGAAGAAUUUUAGGAACGUGGACAGUAACCUUGCUAACCUUAUAAUGAAUGAAAUUGUAGACAAUGGAACGGCUGUUAAAUUUGAUGAUGUAGCUGGUCAAGAAUUAGCAAAACAAGCAUUACAAGAAAUUGUCAUUCUUCCUUCUCUGAGGCCUGAGUUGUUUACAGGGCUUAGAGCUCCUGCCAGAGGAUUGUUACUCUUUGGUCCACCUGGAAAUGGGAAAACAAUGCUGGCUAAAGCAGUAGCUGCAGAAUCUAAUGCAACCUUCUUUAAUAUAAGUGCUGCAAGCUUAACUUCAAAAUAUGUGGGAGAAGGAGAGAAGUUGGUGAGAGCUCUUUUUGCUGUGGCUCGAGAACUUCAACCUUCAAUAAUUUUUAUAGAUGAAGUUGAUAGCCUUUUGUGUGAAAGAAGAGAAGGAGAACAUGAUGCUAGUAGACGCCUAAAAACUGAAUUUCUAAUAGAAUUUGAUGGUGUACAGUCUGCUGGAGAUGACAGAGUACUUGUAAUGGGUGCAACUAAUAGACCACAAGAGCUUGAUGAGGCUGUUCUCAGGCGUUUCACCAAACGGGUAUAUGUGUCUUUGCCAAAUGAGGAGACACGACGACUUUUACUAAAAAAUCUAUUAUGUAAACAGGGAAGCCCAUUGACCCAAAAAGAACUAGCACAACUUGCUAGAAUGACUGAUGGAUACUCAGGAAGUGAUCUAACAGCUUUGGCAAAAGAUGCAGCUCUGGGUCCUAUUCGAGAACUGAAACCAGAACAAGUGAAGAAUAUGUCUGCCAAUGAGAUGAGAAAUAUUCGAUUAUCUGACUUCACUGAAUCCUUGAAAAAGAUAAAACGCAGCGUGGGCCCUCAAACCUUAGAAGCGUACAUACGUUGGAACAAGGACUUUGGAGAUACCACUGUUUAAGAAAAUACCUUUGUAAGCCUGCAGAACAUUUUCUUAUCAAGGGAGAAACACACCAUCUUCAGUGAAUAGUUAUCAGCUACAGAAACUCAGCCUAAGUUUACAGGACUUUUUAGAGUCUUAUAAUUAUUUAUGCAUCCCAGAAGAUAAACCAUAAAACAAAUUUAAAUAAAAUAUACAAUGCAAAUGGAAUAUUUUGUUUAAGGCCUUCUUGCCUUGAUAGUAAUCGCUAUCCCGAUGGGCAGGGUAAGUUAGAGCACAAUAAACACUGGUUCUGGUCUUCUUUACCAAUUUAAUCAGAAUGUAAAUAAUAAUUUAUGUAUGUGUUACAGAUGAAAGUAUUCAGAGACAGUAAAGGGUGAAAGACACAACAGCCAUUGGUUGUCUUCUGAUGUCUUUUUUUAAAAUAGUAAUUUUUCCCAUUUUCCUCUCCUACUGUUGUCUUUACUAUGGGUGAUUGGAAUGCCAAACAUUUUCUUUUUUUUUCCUUUUCUUUUUACAAAUUGUGUGCCAAAUGAAACUUUUUUCUGUGUAACAGAAAUAGGAAAAAGGAUUUUGAAGGCUUUUUCCCCAUAAAACUACAGACAUUAAACAAUUGUGUUCUUUUCACUUUUUUAUUUUCCUAGUUCCUUUCUACAAAACAAUUUAUAAAGCAAUAUGAGAGCAACAAAGUAAGUCUAAUAAAAGAGGAGAAAUUUGCAAGUUUUGAGUCACUCUGUCAUACAACAUGAUCAAUCCUUGUGUGACCACAGUACUUUUUUUUAAAACAUAUUUGCCAGAAAUCUAUUGAGACUGUUAACUUAUUCCUAAUGGAAUUUAUUUCCUGCUAGAAUUAUCCUAAUACUUAAGAAAGCCAAUUUUAACAGCUGUAAAAGUGGUUCCUGUGUGAGAGAAGGGAAGUACUGGGAGCUAAGACAUUUCUAAUUUAUGAUUAUUACUUUCUUACUGUUUACAGGAU